GAAGAUGUCUCAAUUAUUCCCAUAGUCGGUAUGGGGGGUGUUGGGAAGACCACACUUGUUCAAUUCGCUUACAAUGACGAGAAGGUAGUGAAGCAUUUUGAACUAAGAAUGUGGGUUUGUGUGUCGGAUGAAUUCGAUGUGAGAAGGGUAACAAAAGCAAUCAUAGAGUCAGCAACAGAUAGCAAAUGUGAUCUCCUAGACAUGGAUUUACUGCAAUGUCGCCUUCAAGAAAAGCUGAGUGGGAAGAAAUUUUUACUUGUGUUGGAUGAUGUGUGGGAUGAAAAUCCUGAGAACCGGGAUCAAUUGAAACGAUUUCUCACAGGGGGUGCGAGGGGUAGUAAAAUCAUAGUCACCACCCGUAUUGAAGAAGUUGCUUCAAUCAUGGGCACUCUCCCUUCACACCAUUUGCCAAGAUUAUCAGAGGAUGAUUGUUGGUCUUUGUUCAAGCAAUGAGCAUUUGGGCAAGGACGACAAGAACAUCCAAACUUGGUAAUGGUUGGAAAGGAAAUUGUGAAGAAGUGUGGGGGCAUCUGCGAAGGCGCUUGGAAGCUUGAUGCGCUUUAAAACAGAGGAAAGAGAAUGGUUGUUUGUCAAAGAAAGUGAAAUUUGGAACCUACCGGAAGAAGCGAAUCACAUUUUACCUGCUCUAAGGUUGAGUUAUUAUCAUCUGCCAUCACAUUUGAAGCAAUGCUUUGCAUAUUGCUCCAUAUUUCCAAAAGAUUAUGAAAUUGAG